CGCGCGACCGAGUGCGGCGCGAGCUCAGUCUCGUGUUCCGGCGUUCGGUUUGCCGCAUGCUGCUGCUUCUUGCGCGCCUACCAUGAUGGCGUGACUGUUCUCACAGCCGGCGCUCCGCAGACAGCAACAGUUACCAGACACCACGGACACCGCCUGCACUUUGCAGCUAUCGUCGGCGCGCGCCUUCGGCGAGCAUCGAACACGACGCCGUGAGACGAAGAAACGUUUCCGUCGUAGCUGUCCUGCAGGGCACGUGCCUGACGCCUCGGCAACAGCGACCGCCGCACUAUUUUAGCAGUGUCGCCGUUAUGGAUUUGGCCAAGGCUCUGGACCAUAUCGGCGAGUACGGCCGGUUCCAGUUCUACGUGCAGAUGCUGGCCUGCCUGCCGCCCAUUCUGAACGGAGCGCAUCAGCUGGCGCACGUCUUUCUGGCGGCCACGCCCGACCACAGAUGUUUCAUCGACGGCUGCGACGGGAACGGCACAGAGUUCCUCGAGCCGUGGACGAGGUACGCCAUCCCCGACGGGAGCAUGGACGAAGCGCAGUGCUGCCGCUACGACCGCAACAUCUCGGCGGCGGCGCAGAGCUGCACACCCCAGGACUUCUUGAACACAUCGCAGCGGUGCAAUCGCUGGCUCUACUCGAAAGUCGAGUUUGACAGCACUAUUGUCACCGAUUUCGACCUAGUCUGCAAAGAUGGUUGGUUAGCUAGCACAUCGCAAUCUCUAUUUAUGGUGGGCGUGAUGGUUGCAUCGGUGCUGUUUGGACAUCUCUCUGACCGAUACGGACGCCGGAUGUGCUUCCUGUUCAUUCCGCCUGUGUUCCUGUUGACGUCGUGGGCCACCGUGUUCACCAAGAACUACCUUCAGUUUACGAUGACGCGCAUAUUCACCUGCCAUGGGAUCAACCGCCCUUUACCAGGCAUCUUUCGUCCUAGCCGUGGAGUUGGUGGGGCCUCAAGGCGGCUGAUCAGCGUCCUGCUCUUCCAGCUAGCCUUCCCUCUGGGCGAGAUUCUGCUUGCGGUGGCUGCGUACAUGCUGCCCGACUGGAGGCACCUCUCCAUGGCCCUAGCGGCACCCACGAUCCUGCUUUUGCCCUACUACUGGCUUCUGCCUGAGAGCAUAGCAUGGUGUCUGCACAACAAAAAGGAAGCUGAAGCAAUUGCCAUUAUAAAUCGAGCUGCCAGAUGGAACAACAGGACUCCGAUUGCCAACUUGGGCUCUGGCCAUGCUUGCAAUGGGUCCUGCACAGAUCCAUGCAGCCACAGCACGACGCAGACAAGCAGUGAACCAUCAUCUUCAUCCCUGGUUGAUCUGUUCAGGACUGCACGUCUUUGUUUCCGGACUCUCAACGUGAGCUUAAACUGGUUAGUAAAUGCCAUGGUCUACUAUGGCCUAAGCCUCAGCGCGGACACACUCGGUGGCACGACGUUUCACAACUUCGGGCUCUUGUCACUGAUCGAGAUCCCGGGAGUGUUCCUGGCUGUCCUAGCACUGCAAUACGGCGGCCGACGCAUCAUGCUUUCUGCCUUUAUGCUGCUGGCUGGACUCUUCUGUGUCAUCGUGCCUUUUAUCCCAGAGGAUUUGCCAUGGCUGUCCACAACACUGGUCACAAUCGGCAAGUGUUUCAUCACGGCGUCCUUUGCCAUCAUCUACUUGUAUUCGGCUGAAGUGUUCCCCACUUCUCAUCGCAAUACAGCCAUCGGAAUUGGAAGUAUGAGUGCUCGCAUAGGCACUAUUGCAUCUCCAUUCAUUGCAUACGAUCUGGGCAAGGUGCACCCUAUUAUGCCUAUGAUAGUUUUUGGAGUGCUGUCUCUUGUGACUGGCAUCUUUACGUUGGCCUUGCCGGAAACGAAAGGCCUGAGGCUCCCAGAAACCAUGCAGGAGGCGGAGAACCUUGGCACACCUUACUAUCUUAGCACGGAAGAAGAAAGGGAAUCUCUCCUUGACCAUUCGUCCUUCGACUGAUUACUCCAUCCAUUUUUCUUAUUGUGCUUUAAUAUUCCGUGAAGAAUUGAUUCAUAAUUUAAACGCUAUCUUGUUCUUUGCCAGUGGCAAGACAACACUCACAACGUUUUGACAUGUUCCUUUAUUUCAGGGUGUGUGGCUACAAUACACCUGAUAUUUCAUGACGUUUUGCCAGAAGCAUUGGCGCAUGUGACAUGGCAGUUUACUUAACACUGUACCAUAGCAGUUUAUUCGCUGAAUUGUUCUGACACCAAGUGUUUUUGUUUGUUUGUCUUUUUUUUCUUCACUGGGGUUUGUGACUGUCUGGAAGUUGAGAGAUGCAGAUGGUCUGGUCCCAGCUGCAGUCUGCAAUCUAUAAAAAAAUGGCACACGAUUAGUGCGGCAUGUAUAGACAUUCCUUGCCCACUGCAAAUUAACGAAUGCUAUAAUAAACCACAUGCUGUAGAACUGCUCA